AUGUCUCAGCCACAGACUGGUAACAAGGCCUUGGGCCAAGACAAGAGCCGAGACACACCGGCACCCCCCAAGGAGCACGGCACCUGGCACAAAGCAGCAGUCCUUCUUGUCGGCGGACCCGAUGGCCACCUAAUCGGCGACAGCUCCUUCGUCGGCGGCAAGCUCAAGAAGGAUACAGAGAACAGCGACUUUGGCGUCUGCUUCGAUAUCGACUACGGUCGCGACCCCCCGGCGCCCAAGACAUCCGAGUCGUUGACAAUCAUCCUCAAGUUCCGCGAGGUGAUGGUCGAUAUCCCUGGUGGCUGCGGCGAUCUCAAGUACCGGACCAAGCCGUUGCCGGACGGGAAGCUCAAGGACAAGAUCCAGCCCGACAAGCGGACAUUCGUGCGGUUCAUACUGCGCCAGCCGCCAGUUGUCGAGGGAUUUGGCUUGCCGUUCUCCGACCCGGCCCGGCACGAGCCCGGUCGCAAGCUCGAGAAGUUUAUACUCGGAAGCUUCCCGGGUGUCAAGAAGUCCCCGGAGGGCACGCUUCUCCCCGUGAUCCUGCACUGCCCCGGACAGGUCAUCGUGCAGCCCGAGACCCUGUCCAAGUCGAACCCGAUGCAGAUCAAGGUCACCGUCAAGUUCAUCGUCGAGCUGGUCCAGGAGAUGAAGAUUGAUCCGAAGGGGAUCGUCAUCAUCAACCCCUACAAAUGGGCCGCGGAUAAAGGCAUGCCAGAUGCCGCCACUGUUGACUCGUUCCAUGGUCGCGAGGGUGUCCUAACCUUCUUCAUCUCGAUCUCCAACUUGGAAUCGGGCCCUGGCUUCGUCUCGGACAGGAACCGCCUGAACGUUGCCGAGACUAGGCAACAGUCCGGCCUCGUCAUCAUCGGUGACAAGUAUGUCAUGGGCAAGAAGGCAACGGUCGACAAGAAUGAGACGGCCAAGAGCAUCCGGAUUCCGGGCCCUGAUGGCGAGAUGCAGCCGAUCAAUCCGGGCGCCCUCUUGGACACCAUGAGGAAGAUGAUCGAGCUUGACCGCAUCGCGGACGAUCGGAACCCUGAGUUGUCGGGGCUUGCCGAGCGGGAGGCGGACAGGGAGGCCAUGGGCAAGGGCAAGGGCAAGGAGUAG